AAUUUAUUUACGAACCCAAACAACACACAAAAACAAGCAAGGAAAACAAGUGCCAGGGAGGUUGAAGCUACAAAUACACUUGCUGGCUAAUUCAUUUCCCCGAGUAAUUUCUCUCUUCUGCUGCCCCACAAACUGCUCAGCCAAGUCCCCGAACUCCUUCCAAAGAGUAGCCCAAACUACGCACUAUUUGUACUGCGCAGUCGCCAGGCCACAGAGAACUUGGCUUGGCAGCCCUGGUCGACAACCUGUGUGUCCAUUCAUUAUCCUUGUGGCCACGGGAUGAGUCAGCUGGAGGAGACCACAACCAGGGCACGGCUCAGAUGGAUCUGCAUCUGUGGCCUGGCCAUCUCCCUGUACUCGCUGCACGUCAAGUGGCAGCUGGACCAGAAUGCGGACUACGUGGCCAUGUGUGAUCUGGCGGAGAAGGUUAGCUGCACGGCGGUGUUCAAGUCUGACUAUGGCCGUGGCUUUGGCUUGACGCAGCUGCUCUUUGGCUCCACCUCCAGCUCGUAUCUGAAUCCCCCAAAUGGCGCCAUUGGCAGUGUCUUUUAUGUGCUGCUAUUUGUCAGUUCCUUCUUCGAGCAUCGCUGGCUGUGCCUGCUGCAACUUUUGCUGUCCAUUGUGACGCUUCUUCUGUGCUUCUAUCUGGGAUUCCUGCUCCUGUUCGUCCUGUUUGAUUGCUGUGUAGUCUGCCUGCUCGUCUAUGUGGUGCACACGCUGCUCUUCCUGGAGGUCCAAGGGCGUUACAAGCGACUCCACCUACAGUCCAGCCAGAAGUUGGCCCUCGAGUGAAUUCAUGUACAAAAAUGCAGAUUAAAAAGUGAAUCUAGAAGCAA